CUACUACUACUACUAGUAGUGGUACUACUACCACUACUGUAUUUCUUCACACCACUGUCAGACUUCAACUGGAGACCCAUUUUCUGAUUUUUCAACUUUUAUUUUGAAAACCAACAAAAUGCACAGCAAAGACACCAUCAGCCACGAUGAGUACCAGCAGGCUGCUGAUUGGCUGCUGGCUCACACAAAGCACCGCCCCCAGGUGGCUAUUAUCUGUGGGUCUGGACUGGGCAUGCUUGCUGAGGCGCUAGAGAACCAGGAUGCCUUCAACUACUCUCAGAUCCCAGGAUUCCCCCAUAGUACAGUGCAGGGACAUGCAGGGCGUCUGGUCUUUGGACAGCUCAGAGGGAAGACAUGUGUGUGUAUGCAGGGACGCUUCCACAUGUACGAAGGGCACUCUCUGUGUAAGACGACAUUCCCAGUGCGUGUCUUUAAACUGUUGGGUGUGGACACUCUGGUGGUUACAAAUGCUGCCGGCUCACUGGACGAUUCUCUCAAACCUGGUGACAUCAUGAUCCUCAAAGACCACAUCAACUUCCCCGGACUGUGUGGACUGAACCCCCUGUGUGGCCCCAAUGACGACAGGUUUGGUCCCCGUUUUCCCGCCAUGUCCGGUUGCUAUGAUGCUGGGCUCCGAUGUGUUGCUAUGGAGAUUGGGAAGCAGCUAGGCAUCACAGCGGUGAUGAGGGAGGGCGUGUAUGCCAUGGUGGGCGGGCCCAACUUCGAGAGUAUUGCAGAGGCCCGCCUUCUGCACAAACUGGGUGUUGACGCUGUUGGGAUGAGCACAGCGCCGGAGGUGGUGGUGGCGACUCACUGUGGACUCAGAGUCUUCGGCUUGUCCCUCAUCACCAACAAGGUGGUGAAGUCAUAUGAGGACGAUCAGAGCGUGGAUCACGAGGGUGUGCUGGCUGUUGGGCGUCUCAGGGCUCAGACGCUGAAGACGCUGGUCACUGAGGUCAUCGCUCGGAUGGACGUCAAUAACAACACCAGCAGCUCCGCCCACGACCACACAGAGGCACCACUGUCCGAGUGCGACCCCUGCAGCCCCCCAGACAACCACACAGAGGUGCUCAUACGGGCUCAGAGUGACACAUCCAUCUGAAAAUCUAAAAGCGGCACUAGAACUGGACACAGAGUUUAAUAUAUUUUUAGUUUAGUUGAGUCCUGGUUCAGACCCAGUUUAGACCUGGUUUAGCCAUGGUUUAGCCCUGGUUUACUCCUAGUUCAGUCUUGGUUUAGUCCUGGUUUAGAUCUAGCUUAGUCCUGGUUUAAAUCUAACUUAGUCCUGGUUUAGACCUGGUUUAGACCGUGUUUAGACCUGGUUUGGACCUUGUUUAGAGCCCAGCUCUUUUCAAAGCCACAUUACGGUACAUUGCAUAGUAUUGUCUUGAUGAUAAACUGUUCUUUACUGUUCUGUCUGAAAACAAUUCCUCUGUAAAUA